CCGUGCAUUUUGAUUAAAGCCCCUCGUCUCCCUCCAGUCUGAAGGCAGGGCACCGGGGAGCACUGGGCGGAGGGGCCUGCACGGGGCCGGGCGAGGGAGAGAGAAUCCCUUCGGUGUGUCACGUAUGGCUCUAUAGGAGAAAUCAUCUCUGGGAAUAUUGUGGAAAGGACGGAGUAUAAGUUGAAGGCGCCCAGGUUUAACUCACGCUCGCGGGCGCGCAGCAUGAAGAUGCAGAGGUGGUCCACGCGGUGGAAAACGAAAAGGUGGCCCCGGGACUCGGCCGUGACCGUGCUCAUCACCCUCGCUGUCCUUCUCCAGGCUGCGGAGGUCAGAGGAGCUGAACCAGUUGAUGUGCUAAAAGUAUUAGAAUUUCAUAAUUCACCAGAAGGAGUAUCAAGAACAGCAGGAUUUUGCACUAACAGAAGAGAUUCAAAAGGCUCAGAUGUUGCCUACAGAGUUUCAAAAACUGCACAGCUCAGUGCCCCAACAAAGCAAUUGUACCCAGAUGGAGAUUUUCCAGAAGAUUUUUCAAUACUGAUGACAGUAAAACCUAAAAAGGGCAUUCAGUCCUUCCUUCUGUCUGUCUACAAUGAACAAGGAAUUCAACAAAUAGGUGUUGAAGUUGGAAGAUCCCCUGUCUUCCUCUUUGAAGACCAAAAUGGAAAGCCUGCCCCAGAAGACUAUCCUCUUUUCAGAACAGUCAACAUUGCUGAUGGCAAGUGGCAUCGAGUAGCCAUUAGUGUGGAGAAGAAAAGUGUUACAAUGAUUGUUGACUGCAACAAAAAAACGACAAAACCACUGGAGAGAAGUGACAAACCAAUUGUGGACACUAAUGGCAUCACUGUCUUUGGAACCAGGAUUCUGGAUGAAGAAGUAUUUGAGGGUGAGAUCCAGCAGUUGUUGAUUAUAGCUGACCCCAGAGCUGCAUAUGACUAUUGCGAGCAUUAUAGUCCAGACUGCGAUUCCCCAGUGCCUAAUGCUGCUCAGGCUCAAGAUCCUCAAGUUGAUGAGUACACACCAGAAGAUUUUAUCGAAUAUGACUAUGAGUAUGGGGAUGCAGAUUAUAAAGAAACUGAGUCUGUAACAGAGGGACCCCCACUGUUUGAAGAGACAGUAGCACAAACAGAGGCAAACAUUGUCGAUGAAUUUCAAGAAUAUAGCAUAGCUGAAAAUGACUACGGGCCCCAGACAGAAGCUCCCUCCAGAACUACUGAAGCCAAUGAGCAAAACCCUGUUGAAGAAGUAUUUGCUGAAGAAUACAUAACUGGAGAGGAUUAUGAUAAAAAAACUGAGGAAACUGAAUAUGGAAGCAGAGGAGUAGACCUCAGUGAAUCUGAUCUUCUGGUAGAUGGAGAUUUAGGCGAAUAUGAUUUUUAUGAAUAUAAAGAGUAUGAAGAGAAACCGACUGAUUCUACUAAUGAGGAGUUUGGUCCAGGUGUUCCUGCAGAGACUGAUAUCACAGAAACAAGCGUGACUCAACAUGGGGCUUAUGGAGAAAAAGGACAAAAGGGAGAACCAGCUGUGAUUGAACCUGGUAUGCUCAUUGAAGGACCGCCAGGACCAAGAGGACCUGCUGGUCUUACAGGUCCCCCAGGUUUACAAGGCCCUGUUGGUCCUCCAGGUGACCCUGGUGAAAGGGGUCCACCUGGUCGUCCUGGUCUCCCUGGUGCUGAUGGUUUAGCAGGUCCCCCAGGUACCAUGUUAAUGCUACCGUUCCGCUUUGGUGGAGAUGGUGAGAAGGGCCCAACAAUCUCAGCUCAGGAAGCUCAAGCACAAGCUAUUCUUCAGCAAGCAAGGAUUGCAAUGAGAGGUCCACCUGGUCCCAUGGGACUCACUGGAAGACCAGGUCCUGUGGGAGGACCUGGAGCAGCAGGUGCUAAGGGAGAAAGUGGUGAACCGGGUCCUCAGGGUCCUCGUGGUGUUCAAGGUGCCCCUGGUCCAAGUGGAAAAGCUGGCAAACGGGGACGGCCUGGAGCUGAUGGUGCCAGAGGAAUGCCAGGAGAACCUGGUGCAAAGGGUGACAGAGGAUUCGAUGGUCUUCCUGGCCUCCCUGGUGACAAAGGUAACAGGGGAGACCGUGGCCCACAGGGACCUCCUGGCUUACCUGGUGAAGAUGGAUCAAGAGGAGAAGAUGGGGAAGUUGGACCAAGAGGUCUCCCAGGUGAAGCUGGUCCACGGGGACUACUGGGUCCCAGAGGUACACCUGGUCCCCCUGGACAACCUGGCAUUGCAGGUAUUGAUGGACCUUCAGGCCCAAAGGGAAACAUGGGUCCUCAAGGGGAGCCAGGACCCCCUGGUCAGCAAGGAAUCCCAGGCCCACAAGGCCUUCCUGGUCCACAAGGUCCUAUUGGACCUCCUGGUGAAAAAGGACCUCAAGGCAAGCCUGGCCUUCCUGGUCUUCCUGGUUCUGAUGGGCCCCCUGGUCAUCCUGGCAAAGAGGGUCAAUCUGGAGAGAAAGGUGCAUUGGGGCCUCCAGGUCCUCAAGGUCCAAUUGGCUAUCCAGGUCCUCGGGGAGUAAAGGGAGCUGAUGGUGUUCGUGGUCUCAAGGGAUCCAAAGGUGAAAAGGGUGAAGAUGGUUUCCCAGGAUUUAAGGGUGACAUGGGCCUUAAGGGUGAUCGGGGAGAAGUUGGUCAACCUGGCCCAAGAGGAGAAGAUGGUCCAGAAGGUCCAAAAGGUCGAGCAGGUCCAUCUGGGGACCCAGGUGCUGCUGGUCCUGCUGGGGAAAAGGGCAAGCUUGGUGUACCUGGAUUGCCAGGAUAUCCAGGAAGACAAGGUCCAAAGGGUUCAACUGGUUUCCCAGGAUUUCCAGGUGCCAAUGGAGAGAAAGGUGCAAGGGGAUUACAUGGCAAACCAGGCCCCAGAGGACAGCGAGGACCAACAGGUCCAAGAGGCUCAAGAGGUCCAAGAGGCCCCACAGGCAAACCAGGUCCAAAGGGUACUUCAGGCAAUGAUGGUCCGCCUGGCCCUCCAGGUGAAAGGGGACCACAAGGGCCUCAAGGACCUGUUGGAUUUCCUGGACCAAAGGGACCCCCAGGCCCACCUGGUAAAGAUGGCUUGCCUGGACAUCCAGGACAGCGGGGUGAGACUGGAUUUCAAGGAAAAACUGGCCCUCCUGGUCCUGGUGGGGUUGUUGGCCCUCAGGGUCCUACUGGUGAGACUGGCCCAAUUGGUGAAAGAGGUCAUCCAGGUCCUCCUGGCCCACCAGGUGAACAAGGCCUCCCAGGUGCUGCAGGAAAAGAAGGUGCUAAGGGUGACCCAGGUCCUCAAGGUAUUCCUGGGAAAGAUGGACCAGCAGGACUUCGUGGUUUCCCUGGGGAAAGAGGCCUUCCAGGAGCGCAGGGUCCCGCUGGUCUAAAAGGAGGGGAAGGCCCACAAGGUCCACCUGGCCCUAUUGGCUCACCAGGAGAACGUGGAGCAGCAGGCACUGCUGGUCCAAUUGGUCUACCAGGUCGUCCUGGACCUCAGGGUCCUCCAGGCCCUGCAGGGGAGAAGGGUGCUCCUGGUGAAAAAGGUCCUCAAGGUCCAGCUGGACGUGAUGGAGUACAAGGUCCUGUAGGACUUCCUGGUCCUGCUGGUCCAAGUGGUUCUCCUGGAGAAGAUGGUGACAAGGGUGAAAUUGGUGAACCGGGUCAAAAAGGUAGUAAAGGUGACAAAGGAGAAAACGGUCCUCCAGGUCCACCAGGUCUCCAGGGUCCUGUUGGUGCCCCUGGCAUAGCUGGAGGUGAUGGGGAGCCAGGUCCAAGAGGUCAGCAAGGAAUGUUUGGGCAAAAAGGUGAUGAAGGUCCUCGAGGUUUCCCAGGCCCUCCAGGCCCUAUUGGCUUACAGGGUUUGCCUGGCCCACCAGGUGAAAAAGGUGAAAAUGGCGAUGUGGGCCCAAUGGGUCCACCUGGUCCUCCAGGUCCAAGAGGUCCACAAGGUCCUAAUGGAGCUGAUGGUCCUCAAGGUCCCCCAGGCUCAAUCGGCUCUGUUGGAGGUGUUGGGGAAAAGGGUGAACCUGGAGAAGCUGGUAACCCUGGACCUCCUGGAGAAUCUGGAACAUCUGGUCCAAAAGGUGAAAGGGGAGAAAAAGGUGAGGCUGGUCCACCUGGAGCAGCUGGACCACCAGGUGCUAAAGGACCUCCAGGUGAUGAUGGGCCUAAGGGUAACCCAGGUCCGGUUGGUUUUCCUGGAGAUCCUGGUCCCCCUGGAGAGCCCGGUCCAGCUGGUCAAGAUGGUGUUGGUGGAGAGAAGGGCGAAGAUGGUGAUCCUGGUCAACCUGGUCCACCUGGUCCUUCAGGAGAAGCUGGCCCACCUGGUCCACCUGGAAAGAGAGGACCUCCUGGAGCAACUGGAGCUGAAGGCAGACAAGGUGAAAAAGGUGCAAAGGGUGAACCUGGUGCAGAAGGAGCUCCUGGAAAGACGGGUCCAGUUGGUCCUCAGGGACCAGCAGGAAAACCUGGCCCUGAAGGUCUCCGGGGCAUUCCUGGCCCUGUGGGAGAACAAGGUCUACCUGGAGCACCAGGUCAGGAUGGUCCUCCUGGGCCUCUGGGUCCACCUGGCUUGCCUGGACUGAAAGGAGAUCCAGGUUCCAAAGGAGAGAAGGGACAUCCUGGUUUGAUUGGCCUGAUUGGACCUCCAGGAGAACAAGGUGAAAAGGGUGAUAGGGGUCUUCCUGGCCCACAGGGGUCUCCCGGAGCCAAAGGUGAUGCAGGAAUUUCUGGUCCUGCUGGUCCACUUGGACCCCCUGGUCCUCCUGGUUUACCUGGUCCCCAAGGUCCAAAAGGCUCCAAAGGAUCCAGUGGUCCUGCUGGUCAAAAGGGUGAUAGUGGUCUACCUGGCCCACCUGGUCCUCCAGGUCCUCCAGGUGAAGUAAUUCAGCCACUGCCAAUCCAGUCACCCAAAAAGACUAGAAGAUCUCCAGAUUACAUGGUAUCUGAUGCUGGUGAUAAUAUUCUGGAUUAUUCUGAUGGCAUGGAGGAGAUCUUCGGUUCACUGAAUUCACUGAAGCAAGACAUUGAGCAUAUGAAGUAUCCAAUGGGCACUCAGAGCAACCCAGCCCGAACUUGCAAAGACUUGCAGCUCUGCCACCCAGACUUCCCAGAUGGGGAAUAUUGGAUUGAUCCUAACCAGGGUUGUUCUGGAGACUCCUUCAAAGUGUACUGCAAUUUCACAGCAGGCGGGGAAACUUGCAUCUACCCAGAUAAGAAAUCUGAAGGAGUUAGAAUUUCAUCAUGGCCAAAAGAGAAUCCAGGAUCUUGGUUUAGCGAAUUUAAACGUGGCAAACUUCUUUCAUAUUUGGAUGUUGAAGGCAAUUCCAUUAACAUGGUUCAAAUGACAUUCCUUAAACUACUGAGCGCCUCUGCCAGACAAAAUUUCACAUACAACUGCCAUCAGUCUGUAGCUUGGCACGAUUCCUCAUCUGACAGCUAUGACAAAGCACUAAGGUUCUUAGGAUCAAAUGAUGAAGAGAUGUCUUAUGACAACAAUCCUUACAUCAAAGCCCUUCACGAUGGCUGCGCGUCAAGAAAGGGCUACGCAAAGACAGUGAUUGAAAUCAACACACCCAAAAUAGACCAAGUGCCUAUAGUUGAUGUGAUGAUCAAUGACUUUGGCGAUCAGAACCAAAAGUUUGGAUUUGAGGUUGGUCCUGUCUGCUUCCUUGGUUAAAUUUAAGAAAAAGAUCAGAUCAACAAAAACGUGGCACUUUGGUGCUACCAGCCUACUUCAUGCCACAUGCAAGUUUUGAAUAAGAAUGGCAUAGAAAAUAUGUCUUGCUGUGUACCUAUGUCUCAUCUAGAAAGUAACUGUUGCCCUUGUAGGGCCAGAAUCACAUGACUUAAACUAAUUUUGCAAGGAUGCUGUGGCACAGACAGACAACAUAGGGCUCACUUUGUCAACGCCCCACCCUACCUUUGGAUACCUUUGGUGCUGUUUAAAAAAAGAAAAAAAAAAAAGAACAAAUGACAUGGUGCUCCUUUGAUUACAAAGAGGUGUUACGAAAGUGUUUAAUAAAUUGUAAUUAUUCUAUGUACAGUACUUAUACUGUUAUUUCUCUGUCCAUUUGCAAAACUUGCAUGUGCCUCUAAAUUGCAUCUGGCUCUUAUUUUAUAAUUACAAAACUACAUUGUCAAUACUGUUUAUGUAUUCUGAAAAAAUAAAGCUGUAAUUGCCAGUGAAGCCAUUUCAAUUUCUGAUUAAUAAUAAAAUCCCUUUGUAUAUAUUGUUGUUGAAGAGCUUUGUUAUUUGAAGUCGCCAAAAAACCUUAAGGUGGCAAAACUGGAAGAUCUUGAGCAGCACACUCAAAUACCCUUUUCUGCUGAUAUUAUUAUGUGAUGAUGAAUUUCAAUACUGAAAGCACCUUCAAAGGUGUUGUGUUCCAUGGUGCUAUACCUCAGACCUUUUAUUUUCUUUUCUAAUUUCAGAAUUUCAUACAAAAUCUGUAUAUACCUAAAAUAAGUAAAUUUAUAUUUUUGGGCAGGGAGAAUAUGUAAAAAAACAAAAACAAAAAAACAAACAAAAAAACCAAACUUCUGUUUAAAUCUGUGUGAAUUAAAUCAGUUAAUCAGUUAUAUAGCUUUCCUUUUUUUUUUUUUUUUUUUUCUUCCCCAAAUGUAUCUCAUGUGAAUUUGUUCCUGUUGUGCUUACCUGGUAUGCAUAAAUAUUAAAACUGGGUUACUGGAUUCUAAACAGUUAUUUAUGGAUUUUUGCAGUGUUUAUUUAGAAUUUUAGUAAGCAGUAAUGGAUGUUUGCUUCCUGAAGUGGACAUUAGAAGUUCCACAGAAUGGUCCUAUAAAAUAUUUGCCCAUCCCAUUAAUAUAAAUUAUUUUUCCUGUUAUUUCAACUGAAGGCCAGGAAUGCAAUAUGUCUAGGUCAUGUGAUUCUAUAUAGUUGCUAAGCAACAUGAGGGGACUGCUUUCUACAGAGCUGUCUUUGACCCAAAUUGUUAAAAUUUGCUAUUCAAAUCUCACCAAAAAAGUUGGUUUGGCCUUCCCUUUGAACACUUCAUUCAGGUAGUUGUAAGUAGAAAUUGCAUUUUAAUUUUGCAGCAGAAAUCCUUUUGUAAUUAUUUUUCAUAAUAUAUGUAAGACUUGAAAAUAAAUGUUUGUUUCUGUUUCUUAUAAGUUGUUAAAUUAAAUAGUACUAGCUUCUGCUGGCUCAUUUCCAACUGGUACUUUCUCAUGCACGUUUAUACAUGUAAAGAUAAGAUUUCAAAAGUCAACUUUUUGCUGUUCGUAUUUUCUUCUAUUUUUGAACCAAAGUUUGUAACUGUCACC